AUGUCCGCAUUGAUUCGUAAUGCCGAUCGUUUGGCAGAAUUGGAGGCUCAUAUUUCGAUAAUACCCAUCGGUGAACAUCGAAUUGGUUCGUUAAGUAGCAACGAAAAAGAAUUAAACCGUUUAUGGGAAGCUGUUCGUUCAGCAUACGAUACUUUGCUGAUCGAAGCUGAACAAUUGAAAACCCCACAGAUUGUUGAGGUGAAGGCCAGAUAUAUGGCUUCUUACAGUACAUGUACUCGUGGUAUCUCCAUGAUAACCACCUAUUUGGACAAUUUAAAAACCGCUGCUCAGGCAGAAAAGUUCAUUGAUCAGGAAAUAAAUUCAAUGUCAUUUGUUCAUUUACCCCCUUGCGACACCCCUAUUUUCUAUGGUGACUAUCAGAACUGGCCUUCAUUCCGAGACAUGUUCUCAGCUUUGUAUGGCAAUAACCCCCGUUUAACCCCUGUACAGAAAUUGUACUAUUUGCUGCAGAAAACUGCAAAGGAUGCUCAUGAUGUCAUACAAACUGUUCCAUUAAAUAAUGAUGGCUCUGCAGUGGCAUGGAAAAAAUUAGUUGAUACAUAUGAGAACAAGGAUGCUCUUAUAAAUGAACAGCUUCGAACUCUUUUGAGUAUUAAACCCAUUAUCCAUGAAACAAGCCCGAAUAUUAAAAAUCUGCAACGAAUUCUUAAUGAUUGUAUUACGAAUCUUUCACUAUUAGAAGUUACCCCGGAAAUAUUUUAUCGCGUUAUUUUACUUUGA